ACGAGGUGUCAUGAGGUGGGCGUGAGUGCCUGCCUGGGGCUGGCUGGUCUGGCUGGCACGGGCCUUUCUUCUGGUAACCAAGACUCCCGGACGGCAAGUUCCGUCUCCACUCUGCCUGCCUACCUGCCUGCCAAGAGGCUUAUUACUUCGCCACUUCAAAGGCUAUCGCCAUUUCCACUUCUGGCCUCUAUUUGCUCCUCACACUCCUCGAGCCGGCCGAAUGACAUGACUAAGCUUUACUUCGCAUACACCAGCUUCCGCCGCAUGCAACCUUGUCUGAAGCACACCCACCCGCACACACAUACACGCACAGACAUGCAAGUGCCCCUAUCCACAUGCACAUGGGGGCAGAAAUUCGUGGAAGAGUGCAAGUCGAUGUAUGCACAUGUGUGUUCGGACAAAGAGGUGAAGAGAGAAAAAGCAAUGUACAAUUAUGCCCCAUACACCUGCAGACUCGGCGCAUCCGUCGAGAGGUCAGCGAGGGGCCGUGUCGAAUCGAGUGAAGAGUACCGGACGAACUGGCAAAUCGAGGCUGCCCAGUGCACCCGGAGCAGACUUGCUGACCGGGCUUGGAAAUGA